GAAGUUUAUUUUAUUUUGGGGAAAACGGAAUCUCACAAGUUGCACUUCCAUUCUUUGAUAUCCUAAAUUUUUUUGAAUCAACGGUUAAGAUCUUCUGCCCACGAUUCUCCUAUAAUUAUACCCCGAAAUCUCUAUUCCUUUAACUUCAGUCUUAACUUUCAGUUCAGACUUAUCUUUGUGGUGCUCUGUCUUUUACAUUGAGAAGCUUCGUGGGUUUGGCUUAGUUCCACAUAUUUUUUCCAAGAUCUGGUUGCGAAGAUGGCUGCACAGGAAUUCUCCGUUGACUUGAACAAACCCCUUGUCUUCCAGGUAGGUCACCUGGGAGAAACUUAUCAGGAGUGGGUUCACCAGCCUAUUGUGAGCCAUGAAAGUCCUCGAUUUUUUGAGAGUGAUUUUUUGGAGUUCUUUACCCGCACUGUCUGGUGGGUAAUUCCAACCAUAUGGCUGCCAGGUGCAUGCUACUGCAUCUCAAUGUCCAUAAGUAAUGGGCAUACGCUUCCCCAAAUAGCUUUAAUGGUUCCUUUUGGCAUGUUUGUGUGGACAUUUCUAGAAUACUGUUCUCACCGUUUCGUUUUCCACAUUGAAACAAAGAGUUAUUGGGGAAACACCAUACACUAUCUUCUUCAUGGCUGCCACCACAAGCAUCCUAUGGAUGGCCUACGUCUUGUUAUUCCACCUGCUGAAUUUGCUGCACUAUGCAUACCGUUUUGGUACCUGUAUAAGCUUUUGUUCACUCCCUCCGCUAGUCCUGCUUUCUUCGGAGGUGGUUUAAUUGGGUAUGUUAUUUAUGAUGUCACCCAUUACUACGUACACCAUGGUCAGCCCACCAAACAAGUUAUUAAAAGCUUCAAGGUAAGAUACUUGUGCUUUAACGAGUUGCAGAAAUAUCACUUGAACCAUCACUUCAGGAUUCAAAAUAAGGGCUUUGGGAUUACUACAGCGUUUUGGGACAGAGUUUUUGGAUCCAUUCCUCAAACAAAAGCAGCUGAGACGAAGACCAGAUAAUUUAGAUAGCUAGCAUAAAAGCAAACAGUGGAUGGUUACAACCUGUGAUGUCCAGGUUGAGGGUUUAAACAGUUAUAUUUGUACUUCUAUUUAUGUUGUGGUAUGUUGCUUUAGAUGAAGUGUGUUGUGGGGUUAGUAUCUUAUCCCAUGGACGCAUGGUCUCCUAUCCAUACAUUGAGUUGUUUGUCUUAAUGAAUGAAUCGUGUAGUGUUCCCAUUGGU